AUGUCAAAAAAAUUCGCCGAAAAUGAUGCGGAUUUCGCCCCGCAUCACCCUGCAGCUCGGGAGGCGCCGCGGCGGCCCACGAGCGAGGAGGACUCCUCCUACAGCUCGGCCGAAGAAGGGGAUGAUGAUGACCAGGAGGUCAUCAUAGUAUCCCCCCGGCCAUAUUGCAGCAGCAGAGGCAGCGAGAGGAAAGAAGGAGAGGCCAAUAAGGAGAUCGGCAUACCCCGCUCGCCGCAGCGCGGUGAACCGCACAGGUCAUCGUCCCCCAUAGAAACGUACGACAGGGAGCGGAGCGAAGGGUAUGCAAGCGCUCGGAGGAUGGACGACGGUCGGUUCCACAGCAUGGAAUCGAUUGAAAGUGAGCCGGCACACCAGCAGGGGCAGACGCUGGGCCAUAUUGCCGAUCCACCCCAAGGUUCGAUUCCCAAUGGACACCCAACAAGCAAUGGGAUUUCGACGCAGUGCGGAUCACCACUGAUGCCUAACAGGGACUCUAGCGAGCCACUGCAGGGCUCGAUCCCCAGCGCACACCCAGCAGGAGGAGCCAGAAUGAUCGGUGUACCCAACACUCUGCAGCUCGAUGAACCACCCAGGUCAUCGCUUCCCAUACAAACGCACAACAGGGAGCAGAGCACAGGGUAUGCAGGAACCAGGAUAACUGUCCAGGAUCGGUUUCACAGCAUGGACUCAAUUGAAAGUGAGCCGGAACAACAGCAGGGACAGUCGCUGGGCCAUAUCACCGAUCCACCCCAGGGUUCAUUUCCCAGUGAAAACCCAGCAAGCAAUGGGAUUUGGACGCAGGGAGGAUCACCACCGAUGCCUGACAGGGAUUCUAUCGAUCCACUGCAGGGCUCGAUCCCCAGCGAACACCCAGCAGGAGCGGCCAAUCAGGAGAUUGGCGUACCCCGCACGGUGCAGAUCGAUGAACCGCACAGGUCAUCGUCCCUCACACAAACGGACAAUAGGGGGCAGAGUGCAGGGUAUGCAGGAGCUAAAAUAGUGGACCAGGGCCGGUUUCACAGCACGGAAUCAAUGGAAAGUCAGCCGGAACAACAGCAGGGGCAGCCGCUGGGCGCUACGACUGACCCACCCCAGGGUCCAUUUCCCAAUGAAAUCCACGAAACAAACGGGAUUUGGACGCACGGAGGGUCACCACCGAUGCCGGAUGGGGAGAUCAUCGAUCCGCCACAGGAUCCGAUCCCCACUGAACACCCAGCGGGAGCGACCAACGAGAUCGGCGUGUCCCGCGCGCCACUGAUCAAUGAACCGCACAGGUCACCGCCCCCUAUGCUAAUAGGCGACAGGGAGCAGACUGCAGGGUAUGCAGGAUCUGGGCUGAUGGACCAGGAUCCGCUACCCAGCACGGAAGCGAUUGAAGGAGAGCCGGAACAACAGCAGGGGCAGUCGCUGGGCCCCACCACCGAUCCACCCCAGGUAUCGAUUCCCAGAGUGAACCCAGCAAGCAAUGGGAUCUCGAAGCAGGGAGGGUCACCGCCGACGCCCGACAGGGUCACCAUCGACCCACUACAGGGUUCGAGCCCCAGCGCACACCCCGCAGGAGCGGCCGGCGUACCCCACACGCCGCGGGCCGGUGACCCGCACGGGUCACCGGCCCGCAUGCAAAUGGACAACACGGAACAGAGCGCACGAUUUGCAGGACCCGAGAGGGGGGUCCAGGGUCCGAUUCCCAGUUGGGAAUCCAUCGAAAGCGAACCAGAACAACAGCAGAGGCAGUCACUGGGCAACACUACCGAUCCACCACAGGGUUCGAUUCCCAAGGAAAACCGAGCAAGCAAUGGGGCUUCGAUGCCGGGAGGGUCACCACCGACGCCUGAUGGGGCUCUCACCGUCCCAUCACAGGGUCCGAACCCCAGUGACCGCCGCGUGGGAGGGGACAACAAAGCGGUCGGCGCACGUUACAGACCGCAGGUUGAUGAACCGUACGGUUCACCGCUCCUCAUGCACACGCAAAUGGACAAUACAGAACAGAGUGCACGGGAUGCAGGGCCCAGGAUGAUGGCCCAGGGUCCGAUUCCCAGGAGGGAAUCGUCGGAAAGUGAGCUGGAACAACAGCAGGGGCAGUUGCUGGGCCCCAAUACUGAACCACACCAGGGCGGGGCUCCCACGGAAAACACAGCAUGCAGUGGGGAGCCGACGCAGGGAUGGUCAUUACCGAUGUCUGAUGGGGACUCUAUGGAUUCCUCAGAGGGUCCGAUGCCCACAGAAGACCCAGCAAGCAACGCGACUUCAACGCAGGGAUGGCCACCACUGGUGUCUGUUCCUGAGCGGCUGUCUUUAAGCGAUCUUACCAGACAGUUCGCUGCGCUAGAACGCGCAAGGGACACCAUCAGAACAGCAGAAGGGCCAGAAAGACAAAACUCGGCAGGACAAAGCCCAGCAAGCAACUCUUCAACCCCCCUGUUUGUUCUCGGCAGCAGCGGAAGCAAUACUGCAGAAAGGCGGCCAAGAGCCACCACCACUACAGCACGACCCGGCAGAAAAAAUCCCAGCAAGCAAAGCCACAACUCAGCGGAGAAAAUCCCAGGAAGCACCGCCAGAACCCCCCUGUUUACCUGCGACAACUCAGCAGAGAAAAUCCCAGCAAGCACUGCCACACCCCCGCGGUUGGUCUUCGGCAGCAGCAGCGCCGCCGCUGCUGACGCCGAUGACACACAGAGGGAUAGUGCAGCGGAAGGGCCUGAGACACACUCAGCAGAGAAAAUCCCAGCAAGCACCGCCACAACCCCGCUGUUUGUCUUCGGCAGCAGCAGCGUCGUCGCAGCUGCGGCCGACGACACCCAGGGGGAUUGUGUCGUGGCAGGGGAUCCUACUCCCGAUCAGGAAGCAACACUCGGGAGGGAGGAGGAACAGCCCACCUGCUGCCCUAACUGCGGCAGGACCUUUGCUACCAAGCGGGGGUUGGCCAACAACCUACGACGGGGCACAAACAACCCUUGCGCAAAAUUAAACGCAGAAAUUAUCAACCAACAGCAGAAUGUGCCAACGUCCUCCGAUCCCAGCACCAAAAGAAGCCGAGGACAGCGCAUAGAAGACCAUGGAGAGGGUCGGACCUCACAGGCGGCUCUGUCGAGGUCCCCAAAGAGGGAACAGCACAGGAAAGACCCACCCCUGUCCUCCCCAUACCCCCCAUGGGCUGGACCUACAUCAGCAGCAGAUCUUCCAGCACCGGAGGACAAAGAGACAACCCCGACAACUCAACAGGAUCUGCAGACGACAACAGAGCGCAACAGCCAGUCACUGCAGACCAAUAACCCACCGGAGGCGACAGCACAGCGGAAUGAGCCCAUCUCACGCCGCAAACCGCUCCGCAUCCCCCGACUCUCAGCAGAUUCCCGGGCAAGGCUACAAAAAACCCUGGAAGAGCUUGCAAAGGAGACAGCAGAGAAGGUCAGCGGAGGCACUUGGGAGGAAGCUGAAGCCGUAAUCAACGGUUUCACAGAACGACUAUAUGACGCAAUUUGGUUCGCUGACAAGGCCCCAACAGCAGCCCAAAAGGACGGGCCGAGGAAGCAGCACUCCCAGAACGGCAAACACCAAGCAACCCCAACGGCACGCGUAUCGCCAAGACUGGCCCAAGCGCAGGACAACGUCACAAAGGCGUUGCAUGCCCUCCGGGAGGAGGAAAGGGCUCAGCAGGGCAAACCAACCGACUCGAUAGAAGCCAAAAUGAAGAAGCGAGCAGAA